AUGGCGCGGGGAGCGACGGACAGUGACAGGGGGGAGGAAGAGAGCCGCGCGGAAGGCAUUGAUGACCAAGUCGCUGAACGCGCGGAGGAGGAAGUCGCAGGCGACGACGACGACGACGUGAGCGACAGUGGCGACGACGUGGUGCUGCUAGGGUUCGUGCAAAAGCCGUCGCACGACUGGUCGCUCGAACGCCAUCGCUUCCCGAGCAAAGUCGGGGGCGCGCCG